GAACAGGAGUACCGGCUGACGCGCUAUCUCAUGUCCAACUACGACCCGGCGGUGCGGCCUUCCUUCAACUCAUCAUUGUCACUGCGCGUGGACCUGGACCUGUCCCUGCUGCAGCUUCUCGACGUGGACGAAAAAAGCCAGACAAUCUCGACGAACUGCAGGCUGACGCAGCGGUGGACAGACGCUCACCUCAAGUGGAACGCAUCGGACUUCGGUGGAAUUGGCGUGCUGCGCAUUCCAUCUGCGCAAGUCUGGAAGCCGGACCUGGUCCUCUAUAACAACGCACGUGGCGACUACCACGCUGGACACCUGGGCAGCAACGUGAUCGUGCGAUGGACAGGCGAAGUUCUGUUCCCGGUGCAGGCGGUGUUGUCGAGCGCUUGCCGACUGGACUUGCACUACUUCCCGUUCGACGUUCAUCUCUGCCAGCUGCAGUUCGUCUCAUGGACGUACGACUCGCAACAGGCACGUCGUUCUUGCAGGCGCACCCGCCGCCGGACGCCUCGACCGCGGCAGCUUCGACGUCCCACCGCCGCGGGCGAAGAGGGCGACGGCCUGGCGGCGGCGCCUCAGUACCGGGGCGUCACGUACACCCUGAGACUUCGCCGGCGACCGGGGUCGCAGCUGCUGCACCUGGUGCUGCCGUGCGUGGUGGUGAACGCACUGGCCCUUCUAGGCUUCCUGGUGCCCUGCGAGUCCGGCGAGAAGGUGACGCUGGGCAUCAACACGCUGCUCUGUCUGGCCGUCUUCCUGGUCGUGGUGCGCGACAGCCUGCCGCCCGCCGCCUCGGUGCCCUUGCUCAGCGUCUAUUACGGCCUCAGCACGUGCGUGGUGGCGUGCACGACGGCGCUGAGUGUGGUGACGCUCAGUCUGCACCACCGAGGUUCCAGGGGUGCCGAGGUUCCGCGCGGUCUGCGCCGGCUUGUGCUGGGAUUUCUGGCCCGACUGCUGCUACUAGGCUGCUGCGGAUCUAGUAGCGACGAACGAAAGAACCACCACCAGCGGCACGACUCGUCGCGCGAGUCGAACAAGUCGUCCCGGCUGCAGCCGCCGAGUCCGUCGCUGGACUCGGACAAGCUGGAGCUGGACCACAUAGAACGGUACAACUUCUCACCGCGGCUGCGGCAUCGCAAGGAGUUCUGCGCCGGACUUGGGAGCAUGCUGGGCGGUGGGGUGCCGCCACCUCCAGUGCCCGGGCCCGCAGUCGACGGCUCCUCGGACGAGUUCGAGAAGCAGUUCCUGCGGGUGCUCGCCAAGGUGUACCAGACGAUCGAGAAGAACGAGCUUCGCGUGGCGGAACGCGACCGACGCGACGCCGUGCGGGGAGAGUGGCAUCAAGUGGCCGUCGUGUGCGACCGUUUUCUACUGGCCGCUUUUCUGCUCUCCAUCGCCGUGGCCGCCUGCUUGGUGCUCUUUUCCGCAGCACCGCAGCCGAACAGGCCCUGA